AUGGAGAACCUAGGAAUCGCCCCUCUCGCAGGGUCAUCGAGGAGAGCGGGCUAUACCCGGCAAAGGCGCGGAUGCCUGACUUGCCGUCAAAGAAAAAAGAAGUGUGACCAGAUCUACCCUGUUUGCAGCCACUGCUCGCGGCUCAACCUGGUCUGCAAGCGUGAACCCCCUCGCCCCCUAAAGUCGUCAUCGCCUGCGCCAUUGGACACGGCGGCCAGAACCGACUCCGCCAUGACAAGAACUCCAAGGAUAGAUGAGCAACUCCGGGGCAUAACACACUUGUGUCAGCCUUUGGGUCUGCCGCUCUCGGAGUCGGGCGAUGCAGAGGCUGAGGACCUGAUUGGAAGUAGACGAGCCAUGUUACGAUACUACACGGCAACGUUUGCAUUCCUACUCACUACCAAUCUGGAGAACAAUUGUUUCCUAUCUGUGUUAGCAUGGGCCUCAUCGCAUCUGGCCUUGCGUGAUGACAAGUUCAAACCCUUGUCUUUACGCCAUCGCGGGUACGCUCUAGCACGUCUCCAAGAGUCAGUUCAACAGAGUCAGCUUUCGACAGAAAUGUGCCUCGCAGUCACAAUGGUACUCUGCUCGAUGGAGUCGAUAUCAGAGGCAACUGACAGCUGGUAUCCCCAUCUCACAGGUGCAGCUGCAGCCCUAGUACAGGGGCCAAAUUCGACGUGUGACCCGAAGCAGGCUGUGCAGGCCACGUUUGAGGGGAGAUGGCUGCUCCGCAAUUUUGCGUACCACGAUGUCAUGAUGAGUGUCUCGAUGGAUCGCCCACCCUUGAUUAAAGGGUUCUAUUGGGCGGCAGCAGAUGAAUCUCUACCGGAUCCGUACUUUGGAUUUGCGUCACGUCUACUGUUUCUCGUGUCUGAGACCAGCGUCCUCAAUGCUGAUUUUGCAGAUGCGAAUGCCCUUUUGCAAAUUGGCCAAAUCAUCACUCACGGUGAUCGGUCAAUCCGGGCACGGAAUAUUGAGGAUGAGCUUCAACGCUGGGCCAAGAUAAAGGCAUGUGUUGAAGCCAUCGUCAAGCUCAGUCGGGAAGUCUCGGAGGGUUGCUUGGUGGAGUGCACACUACUGUUCCCCCUCUUCAUGGCUGGAGGAGAAGCCCACGAGAUGUCCGAGAUUGAGGCUAUUCGGGAAAAACUCGGUGACAUGAUUAAGUGGCGAAAAUUCCGCAAUGUUGAGGCUUGUCUUGAGAUACUUGAUGAAGUUUGGCGCCGGAGGGCGGAUGGCUCGCGGAUGAGUGACCAGGGGCAUGUGGAUUGGGUAGAUAUUGUCAAACACAGAGGGUGGAACCUGUCAAUAUCGUAA